GUAUCACUCUCACAUGGUGUUUCCCAUAUCUUCUGCUAUAAUAUUAUUGAACAAAAUUUUCUAUAUUUUUUCAUCUUUGUAAAUUUUAAGAUGAACAAUGUGACUGAAGUCACUGUGUUUAUAUUGAUGGGCUUCACAAAUAAUUCUGAGGUGCAAGUAUUCCUGUUUUUACUGUUUCUAGAAAUCUACCUUUUUACUCUGAUGGGAAAUUUGGGAAUGGUUUUCUUGGUCACUAGGGAUUCUCGGCUCCAUAACCCCAUGUACUAUUUUAUAAGUGUGUUAUCUGUCUUGGAUGCUUGUUAUUCUUCAGUUGUCACCCCAAAGAUGUUGGUCAAUUUUCUGAAUGAGAAUAAAGCCAUUUCCUAUCUCGAGUGUGCAACACAGAUGUUUCUUGCUGUUACUUUUGGGACCACAGAAUGCUUCCUCUUGGCUGCAAUGGCAUAUGACCGCUACGUGGCAAUCUACAACCCUCUCCUGUAUCCAGUUAGCAUGUCACCCAGAGUCUAUGUGUCACUCAUGGUUGCUUCCUAUGCCGGUGGCAUUGUGCAUGCUUCUAUACACACAGUGGCCACAUUUAGCCUAUCUUUCUGUGCGUCCAAUGAAAUUAGACAUGUCUUUUGUGACAUCCCUCCUCUCCUUGCUAUUUCUUGUUCUGACACAUACACAAACCAGCUUCUACUCUUCUACUUCGUGGGUGCAAUUGAGAUCGUAACUGUCCUGAUUGUCCUGAUCUCCUAUGGUUUCAUUCUGUUGGCCAUUCUGAGGAUGCACAACAGUGAAGGGAGGAGAAAAGUCUUCUCUACAUGUGGCUCUCACCUAACUGGGGUGUCAGUUUUUCAUGGAACCAUUCUCUUCAUGUACGUGAGACCGAGUUCCAGCUACGCUUUGGACCAUGACAUGAUAGUGUCGACAUUUUACUGCAUCAUGAUUCCCAUGCUGAAUCCCAUCAUCUACAGUCUGAGGAACAAAGAUGUGAAAGAGGCAAUGAAACGAGUGUUUUGGGAAAAUAGAUGUAUCAAUAAAGUGUAUUUUCACCCUAGCCAUUAA